AUGCAGCACUAUUCUAACAACGACCCUUAUGAGAGGGAACCUCUUGAUCCCGCCUACGAUAACCGCUACCGCACGCCCAGCCGACGACCUCAAUACAACGAAUACGCGCAGGAAUCGCCGUAUCAUGACGACUCACCCGGUCGCACGCCAGAACCCGCGGCUCAUUACGACCAGAGAGCCUACGACAAUGUGCCUGUCCACCAACAAGGACCCCCGCCUCCUCCACACAUGAACCUGCACCCACACGACGGCCCUGCAUCUCGCCAACAUGCUGACGACUACCACCGUUCUCCUCCCAGCGACUCAUCUGGACCCGAUAACUAUGGCUAUGCACACCCCGCUGCCAUGUCUGCCGGUGCUUAUAACCCCGACUCCCUCCGCACCGCCGGUCAAGUCCUUCCUCCACCUUCACGGGCAAAUGCACCCAACAGCUCGUCGCCUCAUCCCAGCCUGCACAGUGGCCCCUAUGCAGCCGGCUACGCCAUGGAUGGUGAUUCGCGUUCCACCGUCAACCCCUUCGGCACAGUCGCCGGGUCAUCCGUCGGCUCGAGGUCGCCGUCUAGAAGUCCAAACGUCUCGACCGACCACUACCUCGGCGGGCAAGAAGCCUACUACAAUCACUCCGCCUCGUCUCGACUAGACGCUCCCUCCUUGGGCGUGGUCGAUCCCAUGUCCAUCGCGGAUGACGGCGAUGACGGCCUACACUAUGGCCGUCAGAGCAACAGGAACUCUGCUCAUAGCGGUAGCAAGCGAGCCGUCCCUGGCGCCAUUGGAGCGGCGGCCGGAGGCGCCACCGCCGUAGCCGCCGAGCAUGCUAACCCUUUAGACACGCGUGGAUUCUAUGAACCCGCCAAGCGCGAACGAUCCUCAGAUUGGCUCGAGAAGAAGCAAGGCCGCUCCAAAAAAUGGAAAUGGGCCAUUAUUGUCCUCAUCUUCCUCGUUAUUGUCGGAGCCAUCGUCGGUGGUGUCGUCGGAACCCUCGUGGCCGGUAGAAAAGACGACAGCAAAGACAAAUCUGGCUCUGGCACCAACGACGAUGCUAGUGGUGACCUCGGUCUCAAGAGUGCCGAGAUUCAAAAGCUCCUCAACAACAAAAACCUGCACAAGGUCUUCCCUGGCAUGGACUAUACUCCCAUCAAUGUCCAGUACCCCGACUGCCUCAAAAACCCGCCCUCGCAGAACAAUGUCACCCGCGACGUCGCCGUUCUCAGCCAGCUCACCAACAAGAUUCGCCUCUACGGAACCGACUGCAAUCAGACUCAAAUGGUCCUUCACGCCAUCGACAGGCUGGAGAUGAAGAAGGAUAUCAAAGUCUGGCUCGGCGUCUGGCAAGAUGGCAACAGCACCACCAACCAACGCCAACUUUCGCAAAUGUGGGACAUCCUCGACCAGUACGGUGGUGAUCAAUUUGAGGGCGUCAUUGUCGCCAACGAAAUCUUGUUCCGCAAAGAAAUGACCAUUACCCAGCUGUCCUCAGUUCUCACCGACGUCCGCGCCAACCUGACAAAACGAAGCAUUAGUCUACCUGUUGCCACGUCGGAUCUCGGCGACGACUGGACGACUGAGCUGGGCGCCGAUUCUGACCUCAUCAUGGCCAAUAUUCAUCCGUUCUUUAGCGGAACCCCGGCUGACCUGGCUGCGGGAUGGACGUAUAGCUUCUGGGAGAACAAAAACGGCCCCAUGUGGAAGCCCGACAAGAAGAAAAAUGUCAUUUCGGAAACUGGCUGGCCUUCUGGUGGCGGCACCAGGUGUCCCACUUCGGCGCCACAGUGCACUACCCCCGCCAAGGCUGGUAUCGACGAGAUGAACCGUUUCAUGGCUGACUGGGUGUGUGACGCGCUGAAGAACGGCACCAACUACUUUUGGUUCGAGGCAUUUGAUGAGCCGUGGAAGUCCCGCUUCAACUCGGGCAACGAGAACUGGGAAGACAAGUGGGGUCUGCUGGAUGUGAACCGAAAUCUGAAGAGUGGGAUCAAGAUUCCCGACUGCGGAGGUACCACAGUAUCUUAG